AUGGACUCAGACUCGGCUUCUCCGCCGCAGCGGCACAAUCCACCGCACAUUCGCCUCAACUCGGGCAGUCAUGACCUCCUCGAGAUGAGCCAGAACUCCUCAGACGCUCAGACUCGACCGCAAGCCACGCGACAGCUCUCAUCGCGCUCGUUAACACAACCUACCCGGCCAGGCACCGCAGGCUCAUUACGGCAGGCGCCAAGCGCUAAUACUCUCUAUUCUUCACAAGCACCUGCAGAAUCUGCGGAGUUGUUAUUACCGCCUCGGAAGAGCAAGACGAGAAGGUUCAGAGAUGAAGAAAGCCCCAUGAGGUCGCCCUCGGCCAGUGGCCUGAACAGCAGACGGACAUCGUGGUCAUCAGAGAGUGCCGGAAGCAGAGACAGCAGAUAUGCGGGUCCAUUCGUGUCUCCUUUCGACGAUUCGCGCGCACCGUCUCGGGCUGGGAGCGAGGAUGAGGGGGUCAACACGCAGACUGUGAGCGAGAAGUACAACAUCCUGCCGUCAGCGGGCUUGCUCUUGUUUCCAGAAGACGUGGAGAAAGACGACUAUUUACACAACCCCGAUCCAAAUGACAAGGAGGGGCUGGACUGCGCGGAUUUAUUCAGCAAGCGAGGUAUAGUCAACAUCGGAGGCUUGACUUUGAUCACGCUAGGGCUGUUGGUUCUGUUUAUCGGAUACCCAAUUUUGUGAGUUCAUUGAGCCAAUGCUCGAGGAACACAGGACUGACUAUCUACAGAACGUUCGUGCAGAACGCGAUAAAUCCCGGAGGCAACGCAUGCGCUUCAGAUCCGAACUGCAUCUCAGACAGUAUGGAUCUGUUGAAGAAAGUCCGAACGGGUCUCGUUGACCCCGACACCCCGAGCAGCGCAAAGACCCGAACUGGAGAUGACGGUAAGACACAAACUUUGGUCUUUAGCGACGAAUUCAAUGAGGAAGGACGAACUUUCUACGACGGUGACGAUCCCUACUUUCAGGCCAUGGACCUCUGGUACGGUGUGACUCAGGACCUGGAAUGGUAUGAUCCAGAUGCAGCUUCAACAUCGGGCGGCACACUCAACCUGCGAUUUGACGCUUUCCAAAACCACAACCUCAACUACCGAUCUGGAAUGUUACAGUCCUGGAACAAAUUGUGCUUCAAGAGUGGAUACUUAGAGGCCUCGAUCUCGCUGCCAGGAAAAGGCGACACUGUGGGAUACUGGCCAGGUUUCUGGGCGAUGGGAAACUUGGGAAGGCCAGGAUACGCAGCAACGACCGACGGCAUGUGGCCUUACAGCUACCACGACAAAUGUGACGUUGGUAUUACUCCUAAUCAAUCCGACCCUGACGGAUUGCAGUCGCUUCCAGGCAUGAGACUGCCCGCUUGCACUUGCGAGGAUGGAGACCACCCUUCGCCCGGCACCAGCAGGAGCGCUCCAGAAAUUGACGCGAUUGAAGCGCAGGUUGGCUAUCUGCAACCACCGUUGGGCAAGGCGACUGGAGGAGCGUCGCAGUCUUUCCAAGUCGCGCCAUUCGACACUUUCUGGCAGCCUCAGGUUGACUGGAUGGAGAUCUACGACCACUCAAUAACCGGCCUCAACGUCUACCAAGGAGGUGUUUACCAGCAAGCUAUGUCUUCAGUCACAUGGCUGAACAAUGAAUGGUAUGAUGGCAACGCCUACCAAACUUACGGUUUCGAGUACCAACCUGGUGCCUCGGGUUACAUCACCUGGUACGUUGGGGACGAGAAGACGUGGAAAAUCACGGGCAAUGCUGUUGGGCCAAACGGAAACAUUGGUCAGAGGGUGAUUCCAGAGGAACCAAUGGCACUCAUUAUCAACUUUGGAAUGAGUACUGGCUUCUCCACGGUGAACUUCACCGGGCUGGCGGAUACCAUGCCUGCCACCAUGCGGAUUGAUUACAUUCGAAUAUACCAAGAUUCGGACGGCGAGAUGACUUGCGAUCCCGAAGGUUACCCAACGACCGAAUACAUUGCGAAUCAUCCGGAGCCAUAUGCUAAUCCAAACAUAACACUAUGGUAAGUUGAAUCUUCCGCUCCUCCGAGCUAUUAUCACUGACCUUCGCUCAGGUCGGGAGCGGGAUACUCGUUCCCUCAAAACUCGUUCAUGCACGGCUGCAAGGAAGCAUCCAGCAGCAGCAGCAAGAAGUCCAAGCGAUCAAUGGAAUCGAAACGGAGCUGGCUUCCAUGGAGUUGA